UCUCGGGUGUGAAUAAUUUAUGCGGAGAAAUAAAGGGAUUGGGUGGGUGAGACUUGAGAGACGCAGGCAAUUCACCCAAAAACAUUAGCCUCCUAAAUCUCCAUCUCAACCUUUGACUCCCACACUCAUCCCAUGGCCUCCUCUUGCAUAGCAGCUGCUGCAAUCGUCUCUGCUGGUUCAAACCCUAAAGCCCUUGUCAACAUUUCCCCCAAAACUAAACUAACCCCCUUUUCUCACACCUCCUUUACUCGCCUGAACACAUCAUUUCACCCCCUUUCCGUUUCCUCAGCUCCUUCCUUGUCCCGCCGUAGCUUUGUCGUCAAGGCGAGUGAACUUCCCUUGGUUGGAAAUGUUGCUCCAGAUUUCGAAGCGGAAGCCGUGUUUGAUCAAGAAUUUAUCAAUGUCAAACUGUCUGAUUACAUUGGAAAGAAAUAUGUAAUUCUCUUUUUCUAUCCCUUGGACUUUACCUUUGUUUGUCCAACAGAGAUUACUGCAUUCAGUGACCGUCAUGCUGAGUUUGACAAGAUCAACACCGAGAUCUUGGGUGUUUCCGUAGACAGUGUGUUCUCCCACCUUGCAUGGGUCCAAACUGAUAGAAAAUCUGGCGGACUGGGAGAUCUGAACUAUCCAUUGGUUUCUGAUGUUACCAAAUCCAUUUCUAAAAAGUUUGGGGUGUUGAUUCCGGAUCAGGGAGUUGCCUUAAGAGGACUUUUCAUUAUUGACAAGGAAGGCGUCAUUCAGCACUCAACAAUUAACAAUCUUGCUAUUGGGCGAAGUGUUGAUGAGACAUUGAGAACUCUCCAGGCAUUGCAAUUUGUCCAAGAGAACCCUGAUGAAGUAUGCCCAGCUGGAUGGAAACCUGGGGAGAAGACCAUGAAGCCAGACCCUAAACUCAGCAAGGAGUUCUUUGCAGCAAUAUAAAGGCAAUACUUCUUUUUGCUGGUAUAUGACAAUGUUUAUAGAGGUUGUGGAGCGUUACGUUCCCAUGUAGCUUAUAUCGUGACCUACUUUUUGAGCUCCUUAAAAAGUUGUUCCAAUAAAAUUCCGAGCUUAAGAUUUUUUACUCUCAA